CAGCGUGGGGGCCCCGCGAGCCGCCCCGGCCCGCGCAAAGGCGGUGUCCCUGCUGGAAACUCAUCCUUUCCCAGACUCGGAGCCCAAUGAUCCUGACACGCCGCACCACUCCAACCGAGCGGGGAAGGGAAUGCCCUCCAAAGAGCCCGACCCCUCCAGGAGGAGCCCCAGACCCUCGUGGGUCACCAACCGCUGGGCGCCCAGCGCCGGGUACCGGGCCGCGCUGAGGGGAGACGGUGACACGGAGAAGGUGUGCCUGAGCGAGUGCGGGAAGGAGCGGGACGAAGGGGAGGCUUUCUGUGCCAGCGAGUUCGCAGUGAAUGGAAUAGUUUAUAACCUGGAAAGCCUGGGGAAUGGGGUGCAGUGGAUUACCCUCCUGGUGGGCAGUGAUGGACUGUACAAGAUGAGCCGCCUGUAUGUCACUCCUGACGCCGCCUUCUUCCGCGUCCACGUCUUGGUUGUGGAUACUUUGAACUGCAGUAAACCAUGUCCAGACUUUAAACUUGGCAGCAGGUACAUCGUGAUGGGGCGCAUCCACCACAAGCGCCGCCAGGUGCCCGCCGAGCUGCUGCCGGCGCUGCGCGGGCGGCUGCGCCCGGGGGACGGCUGGGUCGGCAGCGGCAGCGGCUACGUGAGGAGAUUCAACAGGAAAAGGGAUCUCAGGGUGAGGGCAGCGCGCUCCCAGUGUCCUUAAGGCUCCGGGGGCUCCGUCCAGGACGUGGGAGCGGCGGGAUCCACCCUCGGAGCGCGCCUGGCCGCGGGCAGCGCUCCCGCCCGGGCCCGCGGUCCAGCGCUGCCUCUGUGCUGCAGCCGACUCUGGGAGCCUCGAGCAGGCGCCCCGGCGAGGCUCAGCGCAGGAGUCGCUCUAGGGAAUGUUAGCCGGCCGUGAAUUUGCUCCAGCUGCUUGCAGAGCCACAGGUUAUUGUUGCUUCCCCUGCUGCAGUGUGCCCUGAAUAAUCUGUAGUAACUGUAAUGCAAAAUUCUGGCAGUUUUUUCAUCAGUACACAACAACUGCACUUUGAACCCUUCACCUUGAACACAUUAGAUGAUACCACAACUUUAUCUACAUAGGAUGUUCACUGUGCUGUCACAGUUCUGCUUAAUGCAUUUGAUUUCAGAGAAACCAAUACCACUGAGUACCAUUUGUAUUAUUUUUGUCUUGUCAAGCAUGUCCAUAGUAUUUCUGAAAAUUACACCAUUCUUCCAGCAGAGCUGGAUGUUCACACAAAGCAUACAGAAUAGAGUGUAAUAAUUUGAGUAUAUGAGCACUGACUGAAAGCAAAUCAAGAACUGCAAAACACAAAUGCCUGGUUGCAUUUACAAGUGAUGGUGCAGGGAAUGCAAAAUGAGCAUGAGCUGCACAAACUGGGUGUGCCAGGGCACUUCGUCCCAGAGCUGUGCUGAAUGCCAUUCCCCAGGAGAAAUAUUGCCAAGCUUGUACUUGCACAAGAGUAAAGUUACUUUUUAAAUCAAAAUGACAAUAUUUUAUUACCUUCAGUGUGGUGAAAUUGAGAUGUUUGUUGUUCCCAGUUAGUAUUCACAAAUAAUA